UUUAGAAGAAAUUGUUGAAAACAUUAUCAAGAUUCAAGAAGUAUGAUCAAGAUUCUAAACAAUCCUCAACACAAAAAGACUUGAGGAUUAAAGAUGGUUGAUCACGUGGGACACUGGAGCCUGGUUCUGAACCAACAAUGAAUAUAUCCGUACCAAAUUCUAACCCUGGAUCUCUAGGAUCCUAUCUUUGAAAUUUCCAGCUUCUCAUGUACAUACACAGCUGCUCAUGUACAUAAAUAUGUUUAAUCAUCUCAUCUGCUUCAUUAUUCUAGUUUCAGCAGGAGCUGUACCCGACCUUUCAACACAGGUUGUGGAGAUCACUUACCAGAGCGGUGACACAGCACUCCUUCCCUGCGAUAUUAGUAACACCAACCCUGUUGACCGAGUAACUUUACUUCUUUGGUAUAAGGAGGACAACCUUGGAACCAAGGGGUCACCAAUUUACAGGAUAGAUGCUAGAACCAACCAGGACCUUGUCAUUGGACAAUCCAGAGUUCCAAUACUUGAUUGGGUCAAUGAAAAAGUUAUUGGAAGAAACCGUGUCAGCUUUGAUACUCAACUAAGUCCAGCCUCGCUCAAGAUUCGUAAUAUUAGCGAAGCAGACUCAGGGUUGUAUAGAUGCAGGGUAGAUUUUACAACCUCUCAAACCAGGACAGAGAGAAUAAAUCUCAAGGUGAUAGUGCGACCAGGGAAACCUCAUAUAUUUGAUGAUACCGGAACUGUUCGAGAUAUAUUUGCGGGUCCAUAUCUAGAGGGGAAUGAUAUCCAUCUCUCAUGUCGGGUUUAUGGAGGUAAACCCCCACCAAGAGUUGUGUGGUUUAAAAACUUCCAGAUUCUGAGCGAGCAAUAUAUACAAGAAGAGGAUCCAUUUACAAAAGAGCUUGUUACUUAUAACAAUCUGACCCUUCAUGCUGUUCCUAGAUCUGAUCUUCAUGCUAAUAUUACAUGUGAAGCUACCAACUACAACAACUCUGUACAACAGAAAACAAUUACAUUGGACAUGAACUUUCUUCCUUUAAAGAUGGAGGUACUGAACAAGGAAUCUGAGUUGCAAGCUGGAAUAAAGCAGACAUUUACUUGUAAGGCAUAUGGAUCUAGACCCCCUGCUAUACUCACCUGGUGGAUGGGAAAUCAAAGACUCGAUGGAGAAGUAUAUUCUCCAGUUCCUACAGAUGGAACAACAAGUACUAGCACCAUCUCCAUUGUCCCCACAGAGGCAGACACAAAUAAAACUCUAACUUGUAAAGCAGAGAACCGGGAGAUAAGACAAGGCAUACUUAAAGAAUCAUGGGACUUGGACAUUCUCUAUCCUCCCCGGAUAACUCUGGAACUAUCCUCCAUGUUGGAGGAACAAGAUGUAGCGGAGGGAAAUGAUGUAUUUUUUGUGUGUAAGAUAAGCUCUAAUCCCCCCAUAAACAGAAUGGUAGAGUGGUAUCACAAUGGAAAACUUUUAAAACAGAUUCAGAAGAAAGGAAUCAUUAUGAAUUCUUCAGGCACUAACCUUGUACUACAAGAAGUAAAGAAAGAGGCCAAUGGGAACUACACAUGUAGUGCAAACAAUGGAAUUCCCCACUCAGGACACACAGUUUACAGCAAACCAUUUAAUCUAGAUGUAAAAUAUCUACCAGUUUGUGUUCCUGAGGGUGUUAAAGUGUAUGGGGUGGCCAAGGAAGAAAAUGUGAGAAUUCGAUGCCAAGUUGCCGCCAAUCCUUCUAAUCUCACAUUUCGUUGGACAUUUAACAACUCUGCAGAGAUUAAACAUGUUUCACAAAACAAAUUCCAAUCUAAUGGGACUAUCAGCCUUUUCAGUUAUAAACCAGAGAGAGAGUUAGACUAUGGCACCCUGAUGUGUUGGUCUAGAAACUCUAUUGGUGAACAACAAAAACCGUGUGUGUUUCACAUCAUAGCUGCUGGGAAACCCGAUCCAGUGAAAAAUUGCAGCAUAUCAAACGUCACUUCAAAUUCUUUCCAAAUAUCUUGCAGCCCAGGAUUUAAUGGUGGUUUGCCGCAGAACUUUACAAUUGAAGUGAUAGAAAAUGAAACAUUAGAGAGUCCAGUUUUCUUACAGAUUAAAGAAAAGCCAAUAUUUUCAGUUCUGAAUUUGAAAGAGUCGACUGAAUACAGGGUUUAUGUUGCUCCAGUGAACAUGAAGGGAAGUGGACAGCCACAAAGUUCUCAGGGUACAAUAGUUAAGACCCAUGCAGAGGCAAGACCAGUUAUAACUAACCCUGAAGGAAACCAUGACACCAAGGAGGGGAUGAAUCCUGUUCUGGUUCUUAUAUUUGGAGGGGCUACCGGCUUAUUUAUCAUCUUGUUGACAAUAACAUUGGCUGUGAAAAUUAGAUGUUCUCGAAGCAGAAACAUAAGCAGAGAGAACAGUAAAGUAGUUGUCACAACAAUAACAGACAUUGAGUUCAACGAAGAUCAUCACAACGACCGUCUGCCUCUUAGUCUGGCAGUUCCUGAAGAGACUGAACAUGGUGGAGAGGUUGCCUUUAAGCCUGGCAAUUCCUAUAUUGAUGAUUCAUUCCCAACCUCUAAUCCAUCUGAUGAGGACACCUCUGCCUACAUAAAAAGACAUGCUCAGGGUAGAUUUCAUCAACAUCAACCAAACUUUCAUUACUUAAUGUAUCCGCAGACAGAACAGACUCAACCAAACAACAGUUAUUGCACCUUGAGAAAACCACACAGCAAUCCAAUCUCUGUGCAGUUUACAGAUUCUUCACGAAUAGAUCAUCAAUUACCAUCAGAGUUUACCGGCAAACCUUGUGGUAAAGCCCCUACAGGACUAGACCCACAGGGAGCUGAUGUGGUGGAUUUCUGUGAGAAGCAGAGAGCAGGGUUUAUGUACGGUACCCUGAGACACAACCGAGGGAAACAAGAUUUUUGUUCAACUUCGUAUAGUGGGAAUCCAGGGUUUCCUGGAAACGGUGUCGAGGAGACUAGUGUGACACAGCCUCCUCAAAUUCAUGGCUGCUUAGUACCUCCCCCUCCAAUGUUUGAAGAAGGAAACUUAAACAUUAAAACUCCACUGAUUGCAAAGAAGUGUGGAAAAAGUGAAAAGAAGGAUAAAAUGGAGAGCAGAGUCUAGAAAUGAUGCUUUGACAGAGUAGAGAAAAAUAGAACAAUUUUGAGUUCUGCAUUUGCAACAAUACACCUUUUAACAAGAAUUUAUAAGUGUUUUUAUAACCUAAAAGUAUUUCUAUUAUUACAUAUAUUAUAUAUAUAUCUAUAUAUAUAUCCCGCAUCAUAUUCAAUGAUGGAGAGGGAAAAAAUCCAUCAAGAGUGAGAUAUUACAUGGAAGAUAUAUUUAUCACUCUACUGAACGUGCGAGUAUAAAAAGAACCUCCUGCUCUUUACAUGACUGUGUUGUUAAAUGUAAGAAAAUAUAUUUACUUCUGGCCCUGUUUAAAAAUCUGCAGCAGCUGUUGAACCUUUGUUGAGUAAAUAUGAAUAUAUUAGAAACCCCUGGAGCUAAAAUACUUUACCUAAAUUUGUUGUAAUCAUUGUUAAACAGUGUGUACAGACAAAUAUACAGAAAUUAAAUUUU